CCAUAUCCCCCUCCUCCUUCUCCUCCCCUCCAUUCCUCUCCCCCUCCGUGCUGAUCGCAGUCUUGAGGACUUGCUAGUGAAUCGGGAGAAAUAAACAGACACUGAGCAGAGGGGAAAAAGGAUACAGGGAGAGAUAGCGUGCGAGAAUUUAAGACAUCUCCUCCCCCCCUACCCCUCACUAUCUCUCCAUCUUCAUCCCCCGUCUUUUCUUUAAUGGAAAGAAAUUAUCCUGGUACAGGGUUCGGUGAUUUGGGCGCUGGUACGGGAUGGAGUUACGAGAGAUCGGCCAAGGCAAGCCUGGUGUAUGGGAGUUCUAGGUCCUCCCAUCCGGACUCAGAACUGCUCCAUCGCCAGGCUUAUGGCACACCCCACCCUCUGCAGGGCUACGCAACCAAUCACCAUCCUGGCAGCUCUGGACAGGGCGGGGCAUGGGGGGCUGGGCGGAGUCUAGGCUUAUCUGGGCUGUUUGAUACUGGGCUACACCAUGCCAGUCCCUCUGGUCCAGACCCAUCUGUCAUGAACUUGAUUUCAGCACUAGAGUCCCAGGGUCGGCAGCCACCCCCCUCAGCCUCCUCUCUCCUCUCCCAGUUCCGAACACCCUCCUGGCAGACUGCGAUGCACACUCAGCCAGAGCUCUUCAUCGGGUCUGGCUCCUUCCCCUCCUCCUCCCUCUCGGCCUACCAGCACCCAGCCUCCUUUUCCGGGCGGUCCUUCCCUGGCUCCUCGCUCUCCCUCCAGGACUCCCCCACCUUCAGCCCCACGUCCAACGGCCUCCUGUCCCCCCACGACCCCCUGCUGCACAUCAAGACACCCUCCCAGUCCAGCCUGGGCUUCGACCGUCUACUCUCCUCGCAGGGCGCCGCCUACCGAGGGUCGCAGGACCCCACAGGCCCGCCGCAAACCUCCUCCUCGUCAGGCCGCCACCUACCCCCUCCCCAGUUUAACCUGCUGUCCUCCCAGCUCCAGGACCAGUCCUCCCAGUUGUACAACGCCUCUGUGUUCUCAUCGGCACCAGCCCCCCCGCCACCCCAGGAAAGGGCCAUCCCACGGCAGGACAGCGUGAUCAAGCACUACCAGCGCUCCUCUCCGGCUCAGUCGCAGCUCUCCUCCUCAGCCCCCCAUCCACUGCAGCACUACCUCAGCUGUGGGGCAUCGGGGUACCAGCAGAUUUCCCACCACCGGCAUGGAGGGGUGUCCUGCAGUCCGCUGGGGGAGCCACGCCCUUCAGCAGACUCCAAACCCUCCCCCCGUUCAGACCAAGUGUACCGCCCCAUCAUCCAGACCCCGUACACCUCCUCAGCCGCCUCCUCGUCAGGGUCAGGUGGAGGUCUAGGGAAAGGGGCUAAGAACUCCAGCUCCAGUAGUGGCUACUCCUCCUCAGGCUCCUCAUCGUCCCGAACUCCCCACACCCCACCCUCAGCCUCCUCCACCUCCUCGUCCUCCUCAAACUCCAACCCUAACCCUUCCUCCAGCUCUUCGUCUGCCCCCUCCAGACAGCAGCCCCCAACUCAGUCGGUGCCCCCUCCCCCCCCAGUCUCAUCCUCCCCAGCCCAGCAGCCUCCUCCUAAACCCUGCCUGUCAGCAUAUGGCUCCCCUGUGGCCCCCGUCAAGCCCACCGCAGGCCUCCCUGGACAGACACCUCCCCAGCAGCAGUCAUACUCACCCAGCCAGCCCCCUCCCUCACACCUCCCCUCCCACCAGCCCUAUGGGGGCUUCAGCUCCCAGGACCUGACCUCUGGCCCUGGGAGUUCUGGGAAAGGGUAUGGAGGACUAGGGCCAGGAGGCCGCUCCUUCUCUGCCGAGGUGGUCUACGGGACGGACUCAGGAUACGGCUCGCUGCCUACCUCCCUUGGGGGAGCAGGCAGUCCCUCGUUGGGAUACGGUGGCCCAAGGCACUCCCCUGCCCUCCUGGGGUCUGGAGGGGGUGGAGUGUCAGCAGGCAGCGGGGCAGGGUCCGGGGCUGGUGGAGAUGGAUCAGGAGUUGGUGGUGCAGGAUCAGGAUCAGGUGGUAGCAGCUCAUACCACCUCCCUGACUCCAGCCCUUCUCCCUCCAGCAUCAUUCGACCUGGGCUGCACUCUCCUGCUCCCGCCCCUCCUGCCCAGUCCCCCGGGGGAAACAAAUACCUCUCCUCCGUCCUCUCCCCUGCCUUCCUGUCCUCUCCGCAGGGCUACCCCGACACCCGAGGCCCCCAGCCACAGUCCUACCACCCCACGCCCCCCAAGCCCAAGCAAGACACUGACAUGCUGGGAGUAGAGCGCUCCCAAGACGAGGAAGAUGACGAGGACUUCCUGAUCCAGCACUUGCUGCAUGCCCAGAGCCCUGCGUCCCACCCGUCCCAGCACCACCCCCAGCAGCAGCCGCCCCAGUCCAUCACUCAGGCCAGGGAUGGGGGCAAAGGUCUGGCCUACGACCUGAACAAGGCCUCUGAGGAGCGCUACCACCUCCAGAGCGUCAUCCGCACCAACAGCGCCACCAACAGCAUGGUUCCCGGUACUGCAGGUAACGUCAGCGGAGGUGGCCUGGAGAGCCAGCUGGAGAUGUCUCUGAAGAAACAGCAGCAGCAGCAGGCCAAGAACGAACAAGGGCUGUCUGGAGCAGGGGCCAGCGGAGGAAGAGGGGGGGCAGACUCCCUCUCACAUCCCAACCCUCACGUCCCCUAUCCGCAGCAACACGACUCCCUCGGCUCAGUUGUGCAAUACGGCAGGGGCGACCCUUACUCCCAACACCCUCACUCCCAGCACCCCCACCAUCCCUCGCAGGUCCCCUCACAUCCCCAACACACCCAGCACUCUCAACAUGCCCACCCCCACUCCCACAUCCACCCUCACAUGGAGCUCAAAAAGCCUCCCGACCAGUCCGAGCUGCCAUACCUGCGGAAGACACCCGAACUGCAGCAGCAGCCCCGACAGCCCCAAUCCUCCCUUUCCCUCAUGGACUCCCCCCCAAACCAGCCCCAGCAGCCUCCCUCUGCCCACAUGCUCCAGUCUGUUCUGUCCCACACUACCCGCAACAAGAUGGACACCCAGCAAGCUGCUUCUCAGCAGCAGCAGCACUCCAUGAGUCAGCAGGCCAUGAUGGGGGCAGGUGGAGAGGCAGAGCCUGGGGGACAAGUGGGGGUGGAUCCCCAGCCCCAGGCUCAAUCCCAGCUGCAGCUCCAACUCCAGUCACAGGCUAUGGAGGCCCACUACUGCCAGAGCCAAGCCAGCCAGAACUCGGUUUCUCCUCUGGACAUGCUGGAGCGCACCCUGUCUCGGGCCAACAGCAGAGACAGUGGAGGGGCCGCGGAUAGAAGUGGGGUGGGGGGAGGAGAUGGGGGCAGUAGUGACGGACACAGACAACAACAGCAGCAGCACAGGCUGCCGUCGCAUCACCACUCCCAACAAACUGCCUCCAAGCUUCACAACUUCCUCUCCGAGCCAGACCUGGGCAUAACCACACCCUCCCACCUGCACCACCUCAACCCACACCACCCCCACGUCCAUCACCAACAGCAGACCCACCCGCACCACCCCCUCCCGCACAUCCAUGCCCACCACCACUCCCACCACCUGGAGACCAACGCAGGGCCCCAGCAGCAGCCUCCGCCCCAUCAGAGGGACGAGGAGCCCCAGCUCUGCCAAUCCCAGUUGGACCAGCUCAAAGAGCACCAGUUUGACACUGUGAGCCCCGUGGGGAAAGCGGGCCAGAACCAAGGUCAGCAGCAGCAGCACAGGUUUGUGCCUCUGACCUCCAUCUGUUUCCCAGACUCCCUCUUACAGGAUGAGGAUCGCUCCUUCUUCCCCGGCAUGGAGGAUAUGUUCUGCUCUGAUGACUACUCCAAGUCGAGCUGCGCCGGGGGUCCUGGGGCAGGCCAAGGGGUGCAGGAAGGUAUGUCUGAGGCACGUGGACAGGGACCAGACAGCAUGGAGGACGUCAAGACCAGUGAUGGAGGAGGUGUGUAUGAUGUGAUGGGUCACCAUGGCGACCAUGGUUACGGGUACUGCCACGGCCUCACGGAAACAGAAAACAGCACCAUGCAUCUGGACCUGGACUCUCUGAAAACCCAUGAGCUCCCCUCCACUGUGAACACAGAGCAGCUCGGCCUCAUCCAGUCCCAGACUGGCUUGGGGGGUCCAGAGGGAGUUCCUGGGGACAGCUCCGCCAACAAGAUGAUUGGGGGUACAGGCGUGGGUGGAGGUUCUGGUCUGGCCGGGCUGACGUCGCCUAUCUUCUGCUCCUCCCGACCCAAGAAGCUGCUGAAGACCAGCUCCUUCCACCUGCUGAAGCAGCGCCGCGACCCGCAGCCGCAGGCCAAGAAGAACUACGCCCAGGAGUACGAGUUCGAGGGCGACGAGGACAAGGCUGAUGUUCCCGCUGACAUCCGCCUGAACAGCCGGCGGCUCCCUGACCUCCUCCCCGACCUAGUGUCCAGCUGCAGGAAGGCUGGAGGAGGAGGGGCCUCGGGGAUGGGCUCCCUCAGCCCUCUGAUGGGUGACCUGGACUUCUGCUACCCCUCCCUUGGCCCCCCUCCACAUCUCCUACCCCACGACGGGCCCAAGAAGAGGGGCAGGAAACCAACCAAACCCAAACGUGAAGGGCCACCUCGGCCCAGAGGGCGCCCUCGCAUCCGCCCGCUCCCGGAGCCGCCCUACUGUAGGGGGCUGAUGGGAAAUGUAGGCGGGGAGACCCGCAGGGGGCGUGGGCGGGGUAGGGGGCGUGGCAGGAAGGAGGAAGGGAUGAUAGAGAUGCACCGAGACAUGAACAAAGUUCCCGACCUCCAAUAUCAGCAACAACAACAGCAGUUCCACCAACAACAGCACUUUCAACAACAGCAGCACCAACACCAUCACCUCCAACCGCAGCAAAAUCUACAACCUCAACAUCAACAGCAGCAACAGCAGCAGCACCUACAACACCUUCAUCAACAACAACAAGCACAGCAUCCACAGCACCAUAAAACUUUCAAGCCUAUCAAGAUCAAGCUGCCUAUUCCCUCUGUGUCUCCCUCUGACUCCUUGCUAAGGACAGACUCCCUGUCCAGCACCGACCCGGUUCUCUCUGACGGAUCAGUGGGCUCGGCUCCCUCCCUGGGCCUGAGUCCUGGACCCACUGCUGGGAUGGACAUGAACAUGACCAGGAGCCAGGAGAAGAUGAAGCAGAAAGCUCAAGCCCAGGAGAUGACGUGGGAGAGGGACAUGGAUGAGCAGCUGACCCCAGAGGCUUGGGCUGCCAUGCAGAAGCUCUCCAACAUGACAGAGGACAAGCCCCCGGAGCUGAAGUCUAAUUUCAUGGCCUCCUUCCUGGACUUCCUCAAAACGGGGAAGAAGCAGCCUGAAUCUGGACCUGGUGGACCACAAGACCUAGGAGGGCCAGUGGAAGGAGCUGAAACCACAGACUCUUCCUCCCUGAAGGGUAGGAUCCUGUCCCCGUCUCCCCCUCCACCGCCCCCUCCUCCAUCCCCUCCGUUUGGGGACAGUAGCGAGGGCGAGGAUGGGCUGAGUCCCUGUAAGCGUCUGGACGACGAGCUGAAGAGGAACCUGGAGACACUGCCGUCCUUCUCCUCCGACGAGGAGGAGGACUCUGUCAGUAAGAACCAGGACCUGCAGAAGAGCAUCUCCUCGGCCAUAUCUGCCCUUUACGACACGCCCCAUUCACUGGCUGCAGCCGUGGCUCUGCCCCCACCCAGCCCAUCUCCGCCCCAGAGCCCAUCGCUGCCACCAACGCCGCCGCCCGUGGUCCAAAUGCAGGAGGACGUAGCCGAUCUGGAGGAGCAGGACAAUGAAGUAGAGACAAACAUGCAACUUCACAACACACAGGCCAACACACAGCCAAAUACACCAUCCCCAGAACAGGAAGGACUGAGUGGGAUGGACAGAGUGGAUGAACGACAAGAGGAGAUGGAGAAAGAGAAGGAGAUGGAGAAGAAGAGGGUAAAGGAAGAACUGAAUUUAGAGUCUAGGGGUGUGGAGGAAGAAGUAGAGGAGAGAGAAGAGGAGGAGAGAGAGCCUGAGUUUGAGAUGCUGGAUGCUCCUAAAGUGGAUGAUUCUCCAUCCGGGCCGCCCCUACCCCCUUUCUCCCAUCCCUCUCCCCGUCCACUCUCACUUCUUCCUCCCCCCCUACCUCCCCCACCACUCUCCCCACCCUACCCUCUGCCCUUCCAGCAUGAGGAUGAUGAAGAGGAGCAGCAGCCGUCCCCCCCAACAAACCCACCACCCCUCCACAACCCCUCCACCUCUCCUCCCCCAGCUCCUCGCCCCUGGCCCUGCCCUCUCCACCCUCCCCUUCCCCUGCAAUGCCCCCUCCACUACCCCCCUCCCUCCUCCUCCCCUCCCCUUUCGGAUGCUACAGAGCUGGCCCAGCCUUCCUCCUCACCCUCCUCUUCCCCACCCUCACCCCCCACCCCUGAGGAUGCUCCAGCCUCCAAGAUCACCUCUCUGCACCUGGCCAAAAAGCAGGACAAUGCGGCCAUUGCUGGAGAGAGCGAGGAGGAGGACAGCGAGAGUGGCGGCGAGGGCAUCUUCCGGGAGAGGGACGAGUUUGUGGUGCGGACUGAGGACAUUGGCACGCUCAAGAUGGCCCUGCAGACCGGCCGUGAGCCACCACCCAUCUGGAGAGUGCAGAAAGCCCUGCUGCAGAAGUUCAGCCCUGAGAUCAAAGACGGACAGAGGCAGUUCUGUGCCACCAGUAACUAUCUGGGCUACUUUGGCGAUGCCAAGAUGCGGUACCAACGCCUCUAUGUCAAGUUCCUGGAGAAUUUCAAUAAAAAGGAUUAUGUCCGUGUGUGCUCACGUAAACCCUGGCACAGACCUAGACUCAUGUUGAGGCGUCAAUCACUCCCAUCGCUCCCCAAGCCACCUCCCCCUGCCAUCGGUCAAACUCCACCCCGAUUGGAGCGAGAUGAGAGGGAGCGGAAGGAGAAAGAGCAGAAAGAGAAGGAGCAGAAAGAGAGGGAGCAGAAAGAGAGGGAGCAGAAAGAGAGGGAGCAAAAAGAGAGGGAGCAAAAAGAGAGGAAGCAAAAGGGAAAAGAGAAGGAGCAGAAAGAGAGAGAGGAGAGAGAAGAAAAAGAGAAGAGGCAUUCACCACCUGAGGAGAAGGUGGAGAGAAGAAGCAGUGAAGUGGACCGAAAGAGAGUGGGGGAGGAGAAGAGAGGAGGAGCAGAGAAGAAGACAGAGCGCCCAUCGAGGGCCAGGCUAGUGAAGGUGGAGCCUCCACCCAAGAAGAGGAAGAAGUGGCUGAAGGAAGUCCCCUCUGACUCAGACUCCUCCCUCGAUGGGCCCAGCGAAGACCAAGCCCCAGUGAGAGGGGGGAUGAACAGUCGAGCCAUGAGGGAGAUGUUCAGGAGUUACAUAGAGAUGCUGGUCAGUACAGCACUUGACCCCGACAUGAUUCAAGCCCUGGAGGACACAGACGACGAGUUGUACCUCCCGCCCAUGAGGAAGAUUGACAGCCUACUCAAUGAACAAAAGAGGAGACUGUUAAGGAGAGUCAACAUGAGUGGCCAACACCAGGAGACUCUGCAUAUGUUCCCCAAAAUGACGGCGGACCCCCUGGACUCUGGAGCGGUCAAAGUGCACUUCGGCGGCGAGUGCUACAGCCGUAAAACACUCAACCGCGUCAAGAAGAGCACCACGCCCAAACAGCAGGACCUCAAGCUGUCCACAGAGACGUGUCGUGUCUAUAGCCUUUAUCAUUCUCUCCAUCACUACAAGUAUCACACCUUUCUGGACUGCAAGAAGGAGACGGACAGUAUAGAGCAGGCAGCGGAAGACCCUGGUCAGGAGGAGGUGGUGCAGCAGUGUAUGGCUAACCAGGGCUGGCUGGAGACCCUCUUCAACUCCUUCCUCGACCUUCUAACCCUCAGCACCAAAGCCUGAUGAGGGAGGAGGGGACACAGUCUGAAAUAGUGCACUACAAUUGGCCAGGGCCAUAGGGCCUAUAUGGAGAAUAGGGUGCCAUUUGGAAAGCAGAAUGUGGGUUGGAGAAGGGAGGGGAGGGGGAGGUAUACAGUAUUUGGGAGACAAAGCAAGAGAGUUGGAGUGGAGAACACUGGACCGUACCAAGAUGGAGAGAGAGGGGGGUUUCAGACCCUACCAUUCUAGUUCUUUCCCAGCGAGAAAGAACGAACAGUCAAUGUUCGGUCUGUGAGUACGGUUGAGUUUUAACUUAAAAUGGAUGCUACAAUGAACUGUUUUUAGCGCUUUUGUUUAGUUUUUCUAUCACAAAAUAUCUCUUGACUGAAGAAAAAAGAAGGACGGAGGAGAGCAGAGGAGGCGGGUUGAAAAUAGUGAAUGUGUGAAAGGGUAUGACUUCUGCCACUUGACCUGAACAGGAAAAGCAGGGGACCACGGUGAAUCUACAUCCAAACAUGCACGGGCACACACACCAACAUAUAUAUAUAUAUAUAUAUAUAUAUAUAUAUAUGUAUUAAUAGUUAUGAUUUGUAUUAUUUAUACAAGGAAAUUACCCUCCCUAGCUGGGAUUGUUUGCUGUUGUUAUUUUAAAUAAUCAUGUUUUAUUAGGGUAACAUGAAAUGGCCUACGCAAAAUCCUUUGCUCAGUCCCCCCUUUUACUGCUGAAGGGGAAAAAAGAGUGGAGGGGAGCAAAACUAAGGUGAAGGGAGGGAAGGGGAGAGGUUAGGGGAGUGUGUGAUGUUCCCUUUUUUCUGUCUGCCUAAAUAAAUUGUGAGGGGGAAAGAUGCAUUUAAAAACUAAGCAAACUGUGUUCUUUAUGUUUGUUCUUCAAAAGACAAUGAGAGCAGAGUUUACACCUGAAGUUAAUACAUUAAAAUAAAUGUCUGUUCGCUUUCUAAAAGAAAGCUCUGGUUUUAGGGAGGUGUAAACUGUUAAAAAGCGUAUCAAAUCUGUGUUGACUGUUUUUAUUUGAUCUGUUUGUUGUUUAUGAUAAUUAUUAUUUUGGAGGUUUACCUAUUUGUUCAAGCUCUCUUAUCUGUAAAUAUUGUACAGUUACUUGAGUCUCUAAAGCCCAGUUCCUCUUCUGUACAUGCUAUUCCUGUAUUUGACAAAAGCAAAUAAAAAAUUUAAAUUGAUGAA